GCGGCAAAGGGUAGGUUGAUGGGGCUAAAGAACAUGUAAUUAUGGCUUUAUAAAUGAUGGACAUUAUAUAGGGAUAUACGGAGCGAGUGCAAAUGUCGUUAAUUCUGGCACAGCCAUGAAUGACACAGAAGCACAGGCCCAUGAAUUUCUACGCCGCAGAGACUGGGGCCGUGCAGCAGAACUGUUCGACCAGCUAUUGGGACCUGCUUUGAACAAUGGCACACCAAAGGAGAGGGUUGUAGGAUUUUUGUUGGGGCGUUCAGAAUGUUGCUUAGAACUUGGCAGGCAUGAAGCAGUGGUGUCAGACUGCCGUCGUGUUAUCAAACUUCUAGCUGAUGUUGAUUGUGGUAGCAACAAUGGAGCAAGAGCACGAAGACGCCUUGUCCAUGCUUUAUUUUCCUUGCAUCGGUUUGCAGAAGCUGAGGCAGCUGCCAGAGAAUGGUUAGCUUCAGGUGGUGGAGCAACAAAUCAGCCUGAAGCUUUAAAAAUGCUAGAACGCCUAAGAAUUGUACUUCAGAUGGUAAAUGGCCAAAAGACAAAUUCAAUUCAUAGAAACAUGACCCCUCAACAGAGACUCGACGAAGAACUGCUAGCGCUCGAUUCAAGACUGGAGUCAUGGACAGGCAUUGGUCUGCCAGAGAGAUCUCGAAGACAACGAAAGCAUCCGGUUGAACUGAUUGAUGAAUCAGAUAAUCAUGAAUCUCUUGGAGAGACUACCAUUCCUAAUGUGAUACAUAUGAGGAGCAAGCAACCCGUAGAAUUCGCCAGUGUUGUGGACUCUGAAGAUAACAUACGACCGAAUAAUUUCCAACAGCAGAUAGGUAAUGCAUCAAUGGUUACUGCAAAUGAAAUGCGUGAAGAUGGAGACUGUGCCGAAAAACAACUAUUGGUUUCUGAUUCCGAGAAUGGCAAUAAACCUGUGUGUAGCUAUUGCUGUUUAUCAUUCUCUGAUCGCUCCGAGCUGCGUGUCCAUUGUCAGUCAGAGAGCCACCAGACAAUCAUCAUGUCUGAUGAGGGGAGGGAUUGGAAGUGGCGUCCUCCACCUCGCGGACUCACAUCAGAUGCCUAUACAUUGUGCGAGAGCUGGGCAGAUGGCGGUGGUUCCUGCCGCUAUGGUGCCCAGUGUGUUGAAGCACAUGGGACUGAAGAACUGGCUGAGUGGAGAGAGCGGUUUGAGUAUAGGCGGAUGAAACUGCAGCGAGCAUGUGAAAAAGAAUUAUAUGGCAAAUCUUACACAGAACAGCUUCUAGAAAGGUGGGUUCAAGCGCCAAGUCCAGAGAAGGUGAUGAGAGAGAAGUUGGAUGGUGUAGAGGAAUCGUGCAGUGGUGAUCUUGUAACUACAGUAUCUUCAAAAGUGAGCCACCGGGAAUGGAGCUUUACACUACAUACAUGUAGAUUGCUGCGGGUGGUAGCACUUUUGCAGGACGCCCAUAGGAACCAUUUCUUUAUAAGGUAUGUGUCAAGUGGAGAUCUGUCACGGAAAAUUAUUUCUGAAUGGACUCCAAGCAAUGAUCAAGAGUGGAGUGUACCAAAUAUUGAGGCCCUAGAACAAAGAGACCCAAUGAGAUCUGAGAGUGCUUCACAAAUUUUAGAACAUAAAGUGAAAGUGUCAUUUGCUACAGAUAUUUAUGGGACGUUUCGACAAUCAGUAGUGUUUGAUUUUGGUGGAAAACCGGUGUUAGUUCGACAUUUAUGUGUAGAUGUGGUUCCUGUAACAGAUGUUGAUCGAAUGAAAGAGAUUCGUAAAGAGCUGGUUCUCUCAACUGCAGAACGAUGGGAUACAACAAAUGCAGAUAUUGUACCGUUCUCCUCUCCAAUUACUCCCAUGGUGCCUACUCCAGCAGCCAUCGCGAAAGACAGUGAACGUGAGAGAGAUCUGUUGAAUGCAUAUCCUAGUCCUCGUGGAGAUACAUUCACCCUCACACAGUCAACAGUUACAGAGAAGAAACUGACUCGGAAUAAUUACCGCGCUCGCAUUCAUGAACUGCUCUGUGUUGAGGAAAUGGCAAGAUAUGAACAGGUGGCUAGGUACAAUCUGACAGCCAGGUUACGUCUUGCGGAUUGCUACCUACUUGCUCCAUGUGGUGUAGCAACUAGUACUGCAAAGUAUGCUCAUUCAGGAGAAUUAUUUGCGCUCAUGAACCUUGGUAAAGAUGUGUCUGAGGAUACAUCAGCUGGCCGCCUCAUACUCAAUAACUGUACAACAGUUCUGAUAACUGCAGCUGCUGCUUCAUCGAAACAAGAAUCAGGAAAUGCAGGCGGGACCAAAACUCAGCAAAGAGUACCACAGGGUUCUGUAGAAACUGAUGAUGAUGCGAGUAAACUGAAGCUUACAGUUUAUGAAGCCCUGAUUGAAGAUAAAGGGAAAAACAUGAUCUACCUCCGAUUGUCAGCUGCAACAGUGCAUGCUCUGAAUAUGAAGCCAGAGACAGACUUUCUAGCUGAAGUGCAGUUCCAGCUAAACAGGGUCCCUUACUGUGAAUGGCAUUAUGCAAUUGAUAAGAUUGCUGACUUUCGUGUUAUUUUCCCUGAUACUUAUCUUGAACCAAGCAUACCGUGGACGCCACAAAGGCAGUGGAGUGACAUACUGGACAGUAGACUGAAUUUGAAACAAAAGGAAGCGAUAGUUGCCAUCACCACGCCUGUUGACUGUCCCUUGCCGCCUAUUCUUAUCAUAGGACCAUUUGGUACUGGUAAAACGUAUACAUUGGCUCAAGCCAUUAAACAACUUAUACUUCAGCCUGAUACUCGUGUGCUAGUAUGCACACAUUCCAACAGUGCUGCUGAUCUUUAUAUCAAAGAUUAUCUUCAUCCUUAUGUUGAAGCGGGUCACGAGGAGGCACGCCCACUCAGAAUCUAUUACCAUAAACGCUGGGUUGCAACAGUCAAUCAGGUUGUACAGAAGUACUGUUUAAUAGAGAUGAAUGGAGGUGUGAGAACGUUCAGAGUCCCAACACUGGAAGACGUAUUGAAACAUCGUGUGAUAGUGGUGACUCUCAGUAUCUCCAUGUAUCUCUCAACACUUGGUUUGCGGAAAGGUCAUUUCAGUCACAUCUUAUUGGAUGAAGCAGCUCAAGCAAUGGAAUGUGAAGCUAUCAUGCCACUUGCAUUAGCAAAUGAAGAUACAAGAAUUGUUUUGGCUGGAGAUCACAUGCAGUUGUCUCCUGAGUUGUUCUCUCAGUUUGCGAAAGAGCGAAAUCUACAUGUCUCUCUUCUGGAACGAUUGUAUGAUCAUUACCCAACAACAUUUCCAUGUAAAAUAUUACUAUGUGAGAACUACAGAGCACAUGAAGCCAUUAUACAAUUUACUUCAGAGCUCUUUUAUGAUCAGAAGCUAAUCAGCAGUUCAAAGCAACCACGACAUGAAAAGUUUUACCCUCUUACUUUUUUCACAACACGAGGUGAAGAUGUGCAAGAUCUAAAUUCUACAGCCUUCUACAAUAAUUCAGAGGUAUAUGAAGUGGUGGAGAGGGUUUGUGAACUGCAGAAGAAGUGGCCUGCAGCUUGGGGUAAAAUGGAUGACCAGAGUAUUGGAAUCAUGACGCCUUAUGCUGACCAGGUAUUCCGGAUCCGAUCUGAACUACGCAAGCGCCGCAUGGGAGGUAUCUCUGUGGAAAGGGUUCUUAAUGUGCAAGGCAAACAGUUCCGAGCAAUUUUCCUUAGCACAGUGAGAACGCGUCGUACAUGUCACUCCGGGACAAAAUCGGGAAUGGGGGGAGAUGAGAUGGACUAUGGGUUCUUGUCAAAUUCGAAGCUUCUGAACACAGCCAUCACAAGGGCGCAGAGCCUAGUAGCAGUUGUUGGCGACCCGGUAGCACUCUGUUCCAUUGGCAGGUGCAGGAAAGUGUGGGAGAGAUUCAUUGAGAUCUGCAACCAGCACGAAAGCCUGUUUGGUAUCACGUGGUCCUAUUUGCGCAGCCAGCUGGAUGGUGUGGAACUGAAGAAGACUUAUGUUCUGAAUCCAUUGGCACCUGAAUUUGUCCCUCGUCAGUAUCAAGGAGAACCUUACAUUCGAUUACCAUCUCUUCUAGGACCAUAUGGAGGAGCUGGCCCUGGAUUACUUCCUUCGCUGCAUUUCCCGCCAGGUCCCCAGCAUCCUAUGCCUCCCUACCUAGCUCCCAAUGUAUAUCCAUGGCAGGUCUACUAUUAUCCACCGCAUCAACCAUCAAACCCAUCGUUUUAUCCACUGCGACCUCCUCUGAUGUAUCCACAAGCAGGUGGGCCUUUACCUCCAUUGAAUCCGUGGAGUCUCAAUUAUCCUCUUGUGUCUCCUCCUGCACCUGGUAGCAUGUUCUCUGUUCAUGGAACUGGUCAGAAUACACCAGUUGGGUGGCCUGCCAGUGUGGCUGCAGCAUCUGGUAAGAAGAAGAUAACAGCACCACCGCAGCCACUGUCACCACCACCACCACCACCACAGCCACUACCACAAUCAUCUGAUUCAAGACUAGAUGCAAAUCCUCUUCCAGGUGGCACAGGAAUCAAACCAAGGCCUUUCACACCCACUUCACAGGGACCUUCUCCAGCUAGUCCAGGUAACAGCUUACCUGAUAGCUAUGUUCCGGGUGGUGUUAUUUCGCCAGCUCCAUUCCUCCAGUCAAACUUGCCCCCACAAGCAGAUCCAAAUGUUACUGCCCUGGACUCCAUCAGGAACACGUUUGUGUCUCCCCAAGGUUCUGGGAACAAUCAUUUGGGAGCAAGAAGGCAACAUGAUAAAGCUGAACAAAUUCAGUUCCUACAAAAUGUCCACUUCCCAGAGCGUCAGCAGAAUCAGGCUGUCACCCAAGUAGCGAAUGUUGUCAUGGGAGACUGGAGCAGACUUCUUCCUUUCAAUGUGACAUUAGCUGAGAUGAUGGAGUCACAGCCCAGACAGAUAGAGUGGUAUAACCACCUUAUGGACACAGCUGGACUUGAAACUGCAACCAAGUUCAUGGAACUCUUAGUUCUCAGCAUGUCAAAUUCCCUUAAUGGUUCAAGACAGUUGAAGGCUUCUUCUCCACCACUAACACCCCAGGAGUCACUGCCACCUCCAGGUAUGAUCAGAAACUUGGAAGAAUUGUUUGCUGACAAGAAUUUGGGUCCUCAGCCAGGAGUUGUAGCUUGUAACCAGCUUCAGCCACAGCAACAGCAUCAUCUCCCCCAUCACCACCACAAUGGGAUACAGAUACAGGGCAAGCACCCAGUGUCACAGCCAUCUGAAAGCUCAAUUCAGAGUCAUUCAGACUGUUAUGUUGGAACUGAGAAGCAUGAAGAUCUUCCAGCCUUGUCCACCAUGAUGAACAGUAAACCUCUUAUGUCAAGAGAUCUUGAAGCAUCUAUGAUGCUCGCAGCAGGGGUUGGAGGGGGAAGUCCCAUUCAGUCAGCACAGUUUCAGCAGCCCCACAGCCAUCUUCAUCAACACCAGCAGCAGCAAGUGAUGCUAACAUCAUUGCCACAGCCACAACCACCAGCACCACCUCCUCACCAACACAACAUAGACAAUAUGACCAACUUCAGGAAUAGUAGGUUUGCAUAUAAUUUGAAUCUUGUAGAAUGUCUUGAUGCGAAUGUUAGUAAUGGUUGGUCGUUUCAACAUCAGCAGCAGUCAGUACCUUUGUAUCGUCGUCAGCCACAGUCAUCUGUGCCUCUUACAGCACAGGAAAAUGUCAGUCUCACACCUGUACAUUGUAUCUUGGAUGGUGUGGUGGACAAAACUACAAGUGGAACAAGUGGGGCAUUUGCCGGAUAUGCUCGUGCAGCUGUUAGUAUAGGACUGCAGCGAGACAUUGCGCCCACAUUGCCAGUGAACCUCCAGCAGAGAGAAGUUCUGUCACAGUUGUCAUUUAGUCAUCAGAGAGAGUUACAGGCUCAGUUUCCUGCAGCGAUACAUCAGAGCGAACUGACACAAGUACCUGGUGGUCUACGUCAGCGAGAAGUGUCAACUCAGAUGCAGAGGGAUGUAUCUACACCACUAUCAGUGUUCUACCCAUCACAUGUACACAAUCAGCAGCAGCAAGUAGAGGGCUUUACACAGCAGCAACAUGUUCAACAUCUCCAGCAGCAGCAACAUCUCACUACAGAAUUCAGUAAGACAAACGGACAUGAUGAAAGUUCUGGUGAUGAUUUAUCGUCUGCUCAGAGACAGAAUGGGGGAGGCACAACAUAUGCAAGUGUUCUUAGAGCAACACCACAGAAAUCUAAUUCAUCAGUGUCACCAAAUGGUCAGGAGGAAGACAAAAAUGGGAUGGGUGAUCCUUUUGCUGUUCUUCGAGCUUUGGGUUCGAAAGGAACGCAGGGGACAUCCGGAUUGUAUCAUUACUUUUCAUAGGUGUAAAUGGAGACGGUGAAAUAUGUAAAGAUGGAAGGGCUACAGUAGAAACUGUUCAACAUAAAAACUUUUCUAAACUCUUUACAUUAUACAUUUUUAAUUGAGUAAUUUAGUAGCACACACUUCAGAAUAUCAUUAUCCAUGAAUUCACCACACUGAGUUGCGUGUAAUACAAUUUCACUGUAGUCCUACUUCCAUAGAAAAUUAAAAUUAUUAUAAAAAACGUAAAAUAUUUAUAACUAAUAAAAAAAUAGAAAACUCUG